AUGCCACUCCAAGGAGUCAGGGAGUCCUGUAAGUGUGAUGCUUUGUCACCAGCUUGCAGUGCCUGUAAGCGAGCAGGCGUGCCAUGCAUCGGCGGAGGAGCGUCACGUGAGUUUCCUCAGAGCUACGUUGCCAACCUACAGGCUCGAAUCAAAUGGCUCGAAUCUAUCAUCCGAGACCACGUACCUAGCAUCGACCUGACUGCCGGACCAGGCCAAUCGUCUAGCAUUGAGGGAGGUAUUCCACAUGGAGACUGGAACUCACCGCAGCAAAGCCGCGAAAACAGAGAUUUUGAGUCUCCCACCGAGAUAACUGAUCAGAUUGGACUUAUCUCCAUCACUAACGGGACCGAUCUGCGCUAUCUGGGCCCGUCUAGUGGACUAUUUUUCACCAAGUUCGUCUUGGCUGGGCUUGGAAAGCGACUUCACGCCAAUAAAAACACCACCCCGGAUGCGAAAGCCGACAGUCUGGCCGUCCCAUCGGAUCUUCUGGUUCCUCAACCGAAAGAGCUGCCUCCCGAUUCCAGGCAUACGCGAUGGCUUUCCCAGGCCUACUUCGACAUUGUUCACCUUCAAUUUCCCAUUUUACACGAACCUUCGCAUUGGGAAACCAUCGAAAGGAUCUACGCCGACGCCGAGGUUACCGCAGUGCACGAGUUCCAGGCUUUAAUGGUCAUUGCAAUAGGUGCAUCCAUACUCUCGCGCCGGACAAGGGUCGUGCUAUCAGCUGAAGGCUACUUCGCUUCUGCCAUGAAGCUCGUGGAUGACGUCAUAAAGACUUCCUCAGUUGGUGCCACGCAAUGUAUCUUACUGCUUCAGAUGUAUGCGCUCAACAACCCAACAUCAGGGCUAAGCCUAUGGACCCUCCAUCACCAUGGACUGGCGUUGGCAAUAGAGCUAGGGCUGCACCGAAAUAUCCGCCGCCGCAUUUUUUGGUGCACGUAUACCAUCGAUCGGCUUCUGAGCACUCUGAUGGGACGACCAAUGGGUGUGGUGGAUGAGCAGUGCGAUCUUGAUUACCCGUUGGACGUCGAGGAUGAUCAGCUCAAGACGGAGCAUCCGAGACCUCGACAAAGCAACGAGCCACUAACCAAUAUGACCAGCGCCGUUCAUCUCUUCAAACUUGCCCGGUUCAACAGCGAGAUUAAGUGUGUUCUGUACUGCGUCGAUCGACAAUAUCCCCCAUACACACAGCCGGCUGUCACCGACGCAGAGACCUGGAGAGUCGAUAUUCUGGCCCGCUUGCGACAGUGGAGGGAGGAUAUUCCGAGACAUUCGGAAGGAAGUACACGGCAUCACGUCAAUCUGCUGACUGAAAUUAAGUACCAUGAAUUGGUCAUGCUGGUGCUCCGACCAAACCCUAGGAUCCAGAACCCGGACAAGGCGUCUCUUCGAGAGUGCUUUUCCAGCGCCAUUACCUGCAGCGCUCUGUACCACCAGCUAUACGUUGCCAAUUCGCUUCACUAUGGCUGGAUUAGUGUCCAUUCCAUUUUCUUGUGCGUGAUGGUCAUGUUCUACUGUGUUUGGAGCCCCCAGGACAUUGCCGAGGACGCCGAUCUUGACUCUUUGAUGCGGGCAUUGAAGGCUUCAUCGGACGUCCUCAGCGCGAUGGGCGAGUAUUGGCCAGAGGCAAGAAGGAGUCGCGAUGUUCUCGACCGUGUUUCAAUAGCAACAAUACGACGAUUCACUCACCACGCGAACAUCGUAAAAAGCAGCCCUGUAUCCUCAGGCUCACAGGGCUCCACGACUGUUUCAUCGUUUCUCCCCUCUGAUCGCACCACCGAUGGCAGCUACGUAGACCUGCCUUCAGACAACCAUGGAUUAGAGGCCGUUCAAGUCACUCAAUUGAACAUCAUAACAUGGACCGAUAGGACGAUACCAUCGAGGCACUAUCAUACAUGCAUCGACGACUUUUCCUGGUCAGGUUUAGCCGACCACUGA